AUGGAAUGUGGGAAGAGCUUUAGCCGGAAGGAUUGUCUGGCUUCACAUCAAAGAACUCAUACAGGGGAGAAGCCCUUUGAGUGCUUGGAAUGUGGGAAGAGCUUCAUUCAAAGAGCAGGUCUCGUGUACCAUCAAAGAAUCCAUACAGGGGAGAAGCUGUUUGAGUGCUUGGAAUGUGGGAAGAGCUUCACUCAUAAAGCAGAUUUCAUGCGGCAUCAAAGAAUCCAUACAGGGGAGAAGCCCUUUGAGUGCCUGGAAUGUGGGAAGAGAUUCAGUCAGAGAAUUGGUCUCGUGUCCCAUCAAAGAACCCAUACAGGGGAGAAGCCCUUUGAGUGCUUGGAAUGUGGGAAGAGCUUCACUCAUAAAGCAUCUCUCAUGCGGCAUCAAAGAAUCCAUACAGGGGAGAAGCCCUUUGAGUGCUUGGAAUGUGGGAAGAGAUUCAGUCAGAGAAUUGGUCUCGUGUCCCAUCAAAGAAUCCAUACAGGGGAGAAGCCAUUUCAGUGUUUGGAAUGUGGAAAGAGCUUCACACAGAAGUUAAAUCUCAGUUUCCAUCAAAGAAUUCAUACAGGUGAGAAGCCAUUUCAGUGCUUGGAAUGUGGAAAGAGCUUCAGUCGGUACUCCCAUCUCAGUUCGCAUCAAAGAACUCAUAGCAAGGACAAACCAUAUCAGUGCAUGGAAUGUGGAAAGAGCUUCGCUUGGAAGGUCAAUCUAACAGCCCAUGAAAGACUUCAUACAGGGGAGAAACCAUAUCAGUGCUUGGAAUGUAAAAAAAGGUUCAGUCAGAGCGCCCAGCUCUCCGUCCAUCAAAGAAUUCACACAGGGGACAAAUGA